AUGUCUUCCAUCCAGUGCCUGAAUCCGAAGGCCGAAUUAGCCAGGCAUGCGGCCGCUCUCGAGCUCAACAUCAGCGGAGCUCGUGGACUUCAAGACGUUAUGAGAUCGAACCUUGGACCAAAGGGAACUCUUAAAAUGCUCGUUUCUGGAGCUGGAGAUAUCAAGUUGACCAAGGAUGGAAAUGUCCUGCUUCACGAAAUGGCUAUCCAACAUCCAACUGCUUCAAUGAUUGCAAAGGCAUCGACAGCACAAGAUGAUGUUACCGGUGAUGGAACCACUUCUACUGUUCUUUUGAUUGGAGAGCUUCUGAAGCAAGCCGAAUCUCUUGUUCUUGAGGGACUUCACCCACGUCUUGUCACAGAAGGAUUCGAGUGGGCCAACGCCAAGACGCUUGAGUUCCUCGAGAAGUUCAAGAAGGAGGCUCCAGUUGAGCGUGAUCUUCUUGUAGAAGUCUGUCGUACUGCACUUCGCACAAAACUCCAUCAAAAGCUUGCAGAUCACAUCACAGAAUGCGUUGUUGAUGCUGUACUGGCUAUCCGUCGUGAUGGUGAGGAGCCAGAUCUUCAUAUGGUUGAAAAGAUGGAAAUGCAUCAUGACAGUGAUAUGGACACCACUCUUGUUCGCGGAUUGGUUCUCGACCAUGGUGCCCGUCACCCAGACAUGCCACGACACGUCAAAGACGCCUACAUUCUUACCUGCAACGUUUCUUUGGAAUACGAGAAGACUGAGGUUAACUCUGGACUUUUCUACAAAACUGCCAAGGAACGCGAAGCUCUUCUUGCCGCUGAGCGUGAAUUUAUCACCCGUCGUGUUCACAAGAUCAUCGAGUUGAAGAAGAAGGUUAUCGACAAUUCACCAGAUGGAAAGAACAAGGGAUUCGUUGUCAUCAACCAGAAAGGAAUCGACCCACCGUCUCUUGAUCUGUUGGCAGCUGAAGGAAUUCUUGCCCUUCGCCGUGCUAAGAGACGCAAUAUGGAAAGACUUCAGUUGGCUGUCGGUGGGGAAGCUGUCAACUCUGUCGACGACUUGACACCAGAAGAUCUUGGAUACGCUGGACUUGUCUAUGAGCAUUCGCUCGGAGAGGAGAAGUACACCUUUAUCGAGGAGUGCCGUGCUCCAAAAUCUGUUACUCUUCUCAUCAAGGGACCCAACAAGCACACUAUCACUCAAAUCAAGGAUGCCAUUCAUGAUGGUCUUCGUGCUGUUUUCAACACUAUUGUUGACAAGGCUGUACUUCCUGGAGCCGCUGCUUUCGAAGUUGCCGCCUAUGUUAUGCUCAAGAAUGAAGUGGCAAACUUGAAGGGAAGAGCCAAGCUCGGAGCUGAAGCUUUUGCCCAAGCUCUGCUGGUUAUUCCAAAGACGUUGGCUGUGAAUGGAGGAUAUGAUGCUCAGGAGACACUUGUCAAGUUGAUUGAGGAGAAGACUGCUGCUGGACCAGACCUCGCUGUUGGACUUGAUCUUGAAACCGGAGACGCUGUUGAACCACAAGGAAUCUGGGAUAAUGUGACAGUGAAGAAGAACAGUAUUUCCUCGGCUACCGUACUGGCCUGCAACCUUUUGCUUGUCGAUGAAGUGAUGCGCGCUGGAAUGACCAAUUUGAAGACACCACAGCAAGCAGAAUAA